AUGUCGUCGUCGUCGUCAACUUCCGGUUCGCAGCAACAGCCGCCCAUUAUCUUAUACCACUACCCGGCAUCGCCCUAUGCCAAACGGAUAGUCUGGUAUCUUCACCUACGUGGCAUUCCGUACACCCAAUGCCUCCAACCAAUGAUCCUCCCCCGCCCCGACCUCUCCUCCCUCCUGGGCAUCAAGUACCGACGCAUCCCCCUCCUCUCCAUCGGCCGGGACGUCUACCUCGACACGCGCCUGAUCCUGUCCAAGCUCGAGGAUCUUGAUCUUCCCCAUUUUAGAGAAAAACUCUCCGCCGCCCCCGGCACCGACGCCCUCGCCCUCCAAAGCUUACUCUCGCACUACUCCAUCGACGGCGGUCUCUUUUCACGGGCCGCGCAGCUUUUGUUUUCGCUUGAUAACCCUUUGCUGCGCGACCCCAAGUUUCUGGCUGAUCGCGCCGAGUUCGCCACUGGCGGCGGCGGUGCUGCUCCACCCAAGUUUUCCAGCAGGGAGGAAAUGGCAGCCCUAGGCCCCGAGGCGCUCGCGGACCUCAGGGAUUACUGCCAGAUGCUGGAGACGACUGUGCUAGCUGACGGGCGGGACUGGAUUUUGAAGGAUGCGAAGCAACCGGGACUGGCGGAUAUCGAAGCGGUGUUUGUGCUGCACUGGGUUAAGAGUUUGCCGGGGGCGUUGCCUAGGGAGCAGUUUAGUGAGGAGAAGUUUCCGAGGGUGUGGAAGUGGGUGGAGAGGUUUCGGGGGGCUGUUGGGGAGACUUCACCUCCUGCGGCGGCUCAGAAGGGGAAUGGCAACAGUAAGAUCACGACGGUCAAGGGAGAUAAGGCGCAGGAUCUGAUUCUGGGUGCGGAGUGGAAUGAGGACUCGGAAAAGAAGGGGGUGGACGCCGGAGAGGCGAUUGUGCAGUUCCAUGGCCUGAAGAAGGGGACGGUGGUGGAGGUGUGGCCGACGGAUAGCGGGUCGGCGCCGGCGCAUAGGGAUGUUGGGAGACUGGUGAGUCUGGAUGCGAGGGAGGUGGUGAUUGAGAAUGAGAAGGGCGUGAGGGUGCAUGCUCCUAGGCAUGGGUUCCGGGUGAAGCCAUCUUCGCAGGCGGUUGCGAGCAGCUUAUAA